UAGAUGUGUAUCAGAGAACACACGUUACUGCAAUGAAUCCUUCAGCCUGUGUGUCUGUAAAGCUGGAAUAUCGACAGACGACUGCUCUGUGAACAGCUGUCUCAGCAAUCCUUGCACCAAUAACUUACCAUGCAAACCAAAGGGAAAUGACUACGAGUGUUUGUGUAUGAAUGGACUGCCACAGAAUCUUCAGAGCUAUAGGUGUAUAGGUAAAAUAUUUCUUAAUAUAAAAAUUAACAAAACUUUUGCAUCUGUAAUUGCUGUAUAUAUAUAUAUAUAUAUUGUUCUCCUCUUGAUUAAAAAAAAGCGCAUUUGAAACUUAAUGUAACAUAUUUUAAAGAAAUAACAUACCACAAUGUAAAAUAAAUAGAUUAGUCGUUAGGAAAUUAUAAUUGAUCUUUAAUUUAACUGAAGAUUUUUUUUUUAAUCCCAUUUUUGUGCAUUUUCUGUUUACAAAUAAUAUAUUUCAGUUUGUUAAUAUUAAUUUAUCCCUUGCAUGCAGAUUGUAACAGAACACUGACAGAGGCAUCAGGAAAACUUAUGAGCACCAACUACCCAGCAAACUAUCCCGACCAAUCAUAUUGUACUUGGACUAUUGUGUCAGGGCAG